AUGGAGUCUGAGAUGGCAGUACAUGAUGGUGGGUGCCACUGCAAGAAUGUAAGAUGGCGAGUUCAAGCACCUGCUAAGGUUGUGGCUUGGAGUUGCAACUGUUCGAAUUGCUCUAUGAGGGGUAACACAAAUUUCAUUGUCCCUUCUGAAAGAUUUGAACUUUUGGGUAAUUCUGAACAGUUUCUUACAACUUAUAGCUUCGGUACUCACACGGCAAAGCAUACUUUCUGUAAGGUCUGUGGGAUAACUUCGUUUUAUUAUCCGCGCUCAAACCCUGACGGGGUUGCCAUCACAUAUAAAUGUGUUGAUCUUGGAACACUAACCUACGUUGAGGUUAAGUAUUUUGAUGGGAAAAAUUGGGAGAACUCCUACAACCAGUCGAACAUUGCUUCGCAGUCAAAGGUAGACUCUGGGAACUAAAGGGAUGAAGAAUGCUACAAGUUGAAAUCUUUUCUUUUCAACAAAUAAGAUUUUCAUGAAACUUGUAUAUAUACU